AGCAAAGAGGCAGACUCAGCUGAGGGUGCCAAGGCAGAAAGGUGAGAGCGGAGGCGAGGGAGGGGACCUCCCGGUAUUCAGGCUUCAGGCUGCUGGGACAGGACCAGCGGCCCGGGACCCAGCGCUGGGAAACCUAGUGGGUGGCAAGAGGCCAGCUUCCCCUGUUGCCAGCACAUCUGAGGGUCCCUCCCCCGGCACUUCUGAGGGCCCCCACGGAACAUGGCGGACAGCCUGGAGGCGGUGGCCAUGGACUGCGAGAUGGUGGGGCUGGGGCCACUGCAGGAGAGCGGCCUGGCACGCUGCAGCCUCGUGAGUUCCACCGGCUCUGUGCUGUAUGACAAGUUCAUCCGGCCCGAGGGGGUGAUCACAGAUUACAGGACCCGGGUCAGCGGGGUCACACGCCUGCACAUGGAGACAGCCACACCCUUCGCCGAGGCCAGACGAGAGAUCUUGCAGCUCCUGAAAGGCAAACUGGUGGUCGGCCAUGACCUGAAGCAUGACUUCAAGGCGCUGAAGGAGGACAUGAGUGCUUACACCAUCUAUGACACAUCCACCGACUGGGUGCUGAGGCGCGAAGCCCACCUGGAGCACUGCAAGCGGGUGUCCCUGCGGGUGCUGUGCGAGCGACUCCUGCACAAGCGCAUCCAGAACAACCUGUUUGGACACAGCUCUGUGGAAGACGCGAAGGCGACCAUGGAGCUCUACCUGCUCUCACAGCGUAUCCAAGCCCGCCAGGGGCUUCCUCGCCUGGCAGAGUCAGACUGAACUGGUCCAGCCCUUCCCUGCCCCGAAGACCACAGGCUUCCUCUGCAAUGACUGCAUCUCGCUUAAGAGCUUUUGGAAGAUGCAUCUUUCAUAGUAAAAUGGUUCCCUAUUUUGUCUACUCCUCUAGUGGACCCUCUCUGUCUUUCUUUCUCCCCUCUGAGCCGGGUUCGACGUGCACACCUAGGCUACGUGCUGUGGGCUAGGAGUGGGGUGAGGAGGCCCAUACCCUCCUGGAGGGAGAGGCCCAUUUCCUCAACACCCUGACUCUGGGAGCCCAAGAAGCACUCUGAGAAUCAGACAAGUGAUUCCAUACCCCACCACCCAGGCCCUGCUUUUCGUGUAGCAUUUGCGUCCAGAGAAGAGAAAUUCUUUCCUGCAACUGCACUCUGUUGUGGGGUUCAGCUAUCCCAUCACGAGGUCAGUGCCUUUGAAGGUACCACACUCAAGGUGUGAUGGAUGCUGCUCUCCUUCUUGGAAACUGAGGAAGCAAAGGAAUCCGGGAGGACUGGGUCAGAAUCCUACCUGCAGGUUGCUUAAAAUCUCUGUCUUAACCUUAACCCACCAUCUGUAAACGCUGCAUCUGUAAAAGCAGGAUUUACAGUUCACUGGGUGCUUAAGAGGUCUUACAGCAAAACCUCCAUCACCAGCCCUGUCCUGGCUUAAGCAUACACCAAAUGCCAGAAACUACUGCUACUCCCCAGAGGACCUGCAGAUCUGGGGGCCACCUGGGGCAACAGCUGCACUCUGCCCUGAGGGCCCAGCUGGAAGAUAAGGUGUGGCCUCAUUAGCAUCAGCAGCAGGACCGGUGUGUGGUGGUGGUGCUACUGGGGACUGAACCCAGGGCGUUCACACUGAGCUGCAUCGCAGCUGCAUUUUAUGUGUGAAUCUGAGCCAGCCUGCUGCUGAGUCACUAAGUUGCUCUGGCUGUACUCGAACUCGCCAUCUUCCUGCCUCAGCAGCCCACAGUUGCUGGGAUCAGAGGAUUGUUGUCAUUUUAAUCUGUGCCUGGUGCCACUUUGGAUCUACUAUGCCAGGUUCCCAGGGGUGUGGCGUGGGUAUCUUAGGUUUUUCAUCUCUGUGGUGAUCCUGACCCCAGGCCAUUGGAAUCUGAGGUGCUUGCUAAACCAUCCUGGGACCUGAUCAUAGGACCCACAGAUAAGUGUGGUCAAAAUCCCUUGAGAAUGCCGGCCCCUCCCCCAGAGCAGGUCACCUUGAGAAUGUACCUUUCCAACAUACUCCUCACUGACAGUGAUGCUGGCUUUGAGCCGUCUACAACAUGCACCCGUGGCUGGCAAUGGCCUGGUCACCUGUUCAGCCUCUGCCCUUGACUCCCUGCUCCUGCAGAGGGAGGCUCAUCACCCUGCAAGAAGGCCCCAGUGCACCCCCUGCAUUGAGGAGGGGCUCAUGGUAUCUCAGAUGCUUUACAAUGAAUGGCAGGGCCUCCCCUAGGCUCCUCCUCCGGGGACCUGGAGGUUCCCUCCCACCACUGGGGGGGCCACAGCUUGCUCUCUCAGGGGCUCUCCUGCCCUAGGGAUAAGACCAGUGGUCUUCUAUGCUGUUUUUUGGUGUUUUGUUUCGUUUUAAUAAACUUUCAAAUCUGCGUGGA